GAUAUAAGAGCUCUGGAGAAAUUUGUAAUUUGUGUUGGGAGUGACAUAUGAUAGACCAACAUAAAGCACGCGGAUAACUGCUCCUCAUCUGACUUUCAUCUGUACAAAUUACAUCCGAUCACGGAAGCAUCACCGCAGAUACCAACUUGCUCUACAACAAUGUCGUUAGCUCAGUCUUUCAAGCUUCUUUCGGGACAUGAGAUCCCAGCGGUUGGCUUGGGCACCUGGCAAUCCAAGCCCAAUGAGGUCAAGAACGCUGUUGACCAUGCCCUCAAGUCGGGGUACCGCCACAUUGAUGCGGCAGCCGUCUACGACAACGAGAAGGAAGUCGGCGAAGGCCUCAAGGCUUCUGGCGUUCCAAGGAAAGACAUCUUUGUCACCAGCAAGCUUUGGAACACUCACCACAAGGCAGAGGAUGUAGAGACGGCACUAGACAUCACCCUCAGCGAUCUGCAGACCGACUACGUCGACUUGUACCUGAUUCACUGGCCUGUAUCCUUCAACAAAAAGGACGAUGCCACCCGCUUCCCCCUGCACCCCGUCACCGAGGCCGUCGACGUCAUCGACGUCCCCGUCAUCGAGACGUGGAAGGCCAUGGAGGCCCUCGUCAAGAAGGGCAAGAUCCGUUCGAUCGGCGUCUCCAACUUCACCCGCGAGAAGAUUGAGGAUCUCUGGGACAAGGCCGAGAUCAAGCCGGCGGUGAACCAGAUCGAGGCGCACCCGUACCUGCAGCAGCCUGACCUCUUGGCCUGGUCCAAGGAAAAGGGUAUUGUGGUCACGGCGUACAGCCCCCUCGCUAACAACAUUUACAACCUGCCUCGUGCCGUUGACGACUCCAUCAUCACUGAGCUGGCCAAGUCCCUCGGUAAGGAGCCGGCGCAACUCAUCAUCAGUUGGUCUGUUCAGAGAGGCACCGUCGUGUUGCCCAAGUCCGUUACUCCCUCGAGAAUCGAGAAGAACUUUGAAGUGUUUGAGCUCCCCAAGGACGUAUUUGAGAAGAUCAACGCCCUGGACAAGAAGCACCGCUACAACUUCCCAGCCCGCCUCGGUCAAGACAUCUUUGGCGAGGCGGACCCGGAGACGCUGAAGAAGGCGGUAGAGACCUGGGUAGCACAACAGAAGAAGAUUAGAGCGGGCCAGGCAUAGACAUGGAAUAAUAGAAGUGUGAAUUCCCAUGGGGACAAACCAGUAUCCGUAGCGUUGUAAUCUCUAGUAGAGUCGGAGAUAGACCUUGAGAGUUUCUGCAAGCCACCAAUAAGACCAACCGGAACUUGUAAACUG